AUGGUUUGCCAGCUGCGGGGCUGCUUGGAGCGUGUUUGUUUCGAUUCUGAUACCGGACGGGUGUACGACUUCUGCUGCAGUUGGCAUGCAAACAAGGCGAUGGACAGGGGAGAGUGGGUCCUCUCCCCUCACAAAGGGACGUCCUUGUGCAAGCUACCUGGCUGCAAGGAGCUGGUCUACCGGGACAGUACCAAGACGGUCAAGCGUGACUCUGUGCGCGCCGUGGAUGUACGAGACUCCAGACAGUACUGCAGCGCCUACUGCUUCUCCAAGGAACGUGUAGAGCUCAACAAGAAUGCUGGCUCGGUUUGCAAGCUCCGGUACUGCUCUGUGGGCACCUUACACCACCUGCAGACUGGGGAGGACCUGAGAUACUACUCAGAACGUCACCGCCUCCUCUCAAUACCACCUUCGAAGGCAAGGGCGUUUUGCGCACAUUGUGCGGCUACAGGCCAGCUCCGGAGCUCAGAGCCGUACGUACAUGGCGUGUAUUCCGUGGGAAGCCCCAGGUUCAACUUAUGCGCCCUGGAUGAGGCCCACCCCGAGUGCCCGUCGGUGCGCAACCAGUUCAGCACCAAGUGGGUCAAACCGUAGCCAGCGGAAGGCAUCUCGGUCGUGCGGAUCUUCGGGGUGGAGGUGCCAGCGGAGGUUCGCGACAAGCACGACAAGUACGCGCGCACGGUGCGAAACAUCCGGCGGCGUUUCCAUGGCACCUCCUGUAGUGAUGGGCGUAAUUUCAUCGUUGACCG